AUGAUUAAUUCCAAUAAUCUAUUUGUUGUUGAAGUUGGCCCAGGACCUGGUUUAUUAACGAGAUCGAUCUUAGAGACGGGUGUGCCAAAUAUGAUUGUUAUAGAGAAAGAUGCUCGUUUUUUACCUGCUCUCACACAAUUGUCGGAAGCUUCCAAAAAUGCGCUUAAAGUAAUUCAAGGCGACAUACUUGAAAUAGAUCAUGAAAAAAUUUUAGCAACCGCGCAGAUUAAUAAAGUAUCCCAAGAAAAUAGAUUACAUGUGAUUGGAAACCUCCCUUUCAAUAUCUCAACUCCAUUGCUUGUACAAUGGAUGAAGAUGUUAUCAAAACGAUCUGGAAUAUUUCAAAUUUCUAAUAUUACAAUGUCAUUAAUGUUUCAAAAAGAAGUUGGCGAUAGGAUCGUGGCGGAUACCUUUAGUCCAGCGCGAAGCCGUCUAUCUGUUUUAGUACAGAGUUUAUGUGAAGCUAAAAAAGUAUACCAGAUGCCUUCAAGUGUUGACGCUGCCUUGAUUCAAUUAGUAGCUCUCAAAGAACCUAUUUUAAAUGUACCUAUUGAUCAGUAUGAAAUGGUAGUUCGUUACUUUUUUGGUCAAAGACGAAAGACAAUUCAAUCACUUUUAAAAGCAUUAACAAAGAAAAUUACAGUAGAUGAAGUAGAUCGUUUAAUCAAAGGCUUGGAGCAGUUAGAUAUAAAUCUUUCUUUAAGGCCUGAGAAAUUAACAUCUGAAGAAUUCUGUCGUGUUACUAAAGUAUUUUGUGACAACUCUAUAUCAAUUCCUGCAAAAUGA